AUGAACAAUGAGGGAGACAUUGUGGUGCAUAAGGGUGUGUGUGAGGGGCAGAGUGAAAUCAGUAAGAGACAGAACGGUCUGUCUGAGGGACGUAGUGAUGUGCGCAGAGGUGAAUGUCUGGGAGGCAAUGGAGGUCUGGGAGACAUUCACAGUGCAUUGCAGAGCAUAGAUCAUGUAUUGUCAACAGGAUAGAGACGCUUCUUUAGAACAGACACCUCGACUGCUGACAGCAGGCCCUUGCGCUCGACAGGUACCGCCCAAAUCCCUCAAGACAGAAUUGAACCUUUAGAUCUGCUUGCGCAGUUGCACUUCCUGCAUCCAAGGAGCGGGCCAUCAGCUCAGAGGAUGAGGAUGCUCCUUGUCCGCUCAAGCGCUUCCUAAGAGGAGGGAUAAAGCUCUUGCCCUUCUCAGAUGAGGAAGAGCCUGACAAUGAGAUCGCCAGCCCAAGGCAAGGACCACUGAAAGCAAGCAAGUUUGACAAGCUGCGCACCAGGGGCACGACACCUCAAUUGCUGACAGCAGGCCGUCGCCCUCGACAAGUACCGCCCAAAGCCCUCCAGACGUGACUCCACCUUUAGCAACAGCGUUGACCUCGUCAUCUGCUUGCGCCAGUACUUUACCCAACAAGCAGUCCGUCACCUCAGAGGAAGAAGAUGCUCCUCGUCCGCUCAAGCGCUUCCAAAGAGGAGGAACAAAGCUCUUGCCCUUGUCAGAUGAGGACGAGGUCACCAAACCAAGGCAAGGAGUACUGAAAGAAACCGAUGCGGACAAGCUGCGCACCAAAAGCACGACUGCAAAGACGUUUUCCCCUGAGCUGGGAGUCGCUGGACCAUCAAGCGCCCCUCUCAAUGCUGCAUCGUCGAGCAGCAAUGCAGACGGUGCGCCUCAAGAGUCGCUCAACAUCGUGCGUCGGCCCACUGCUGCGAUGUUCCACACCGCCAAGUACGAGGAUGUUGCGCAGAUUUUCGAGUGAGUGCGCGAUUCGAGAAGUUGCACAGGAUGACACUUCACUGAGAAUAUCGAACCUGCUUCAGAGCCGACCGCCCAGACGCAGGGAAAGGCUACGUCAAAGCCUUCCUCAACUCGCCCAGCCUUGAACGUUGGAAAUCUGAAGUAGACGAAGAAGGAUAUGCCUCUCAUGCUGCAGCUGCACUCCCGCCACCGCACAACAUGUUCAAGCGCUCAUCACUGACACCAAAGGCGGCAUGUAGGGCAGCGAUCACCAUUGCCAAGCAGCAGAAAUUGUCGGAGCACGUUGUUCAGUUGCUCAGCACAGAAGACUGGGUCGGCAUCUUCGAGGCAAGCAUCACCCCAUAUGGUUGCAAGGCUCUUGGCGCUGUCUGGGCCAACCGUCUAGACAAGUUGGUUGCGGAUCAAUCCAACCAGGCUCGCCUUCAGUCUGGUGCUGGUGUCUUCCAUGCCUUGCUUGCGCACAACGACGCCGCUUGGGGACAGUAUGUUGCUUGGGGACAGUAUGUUGGUUCAGCCCCAGAUCUGGAGCCCAACACAAAUCUGCUCUCUGCUGGUACCCUUCAUGAACUCAAAGUUCUCAGCCCAUUUGCAAGACAUGUCAUCAACGCUCCGGAGCAGGUCACUCUUGCUCCACUGGCAUGCUUUGACACUGCCAGCACCGCGAAAGAGCGAAGCGCUCUUCAAGUAGUCGAAGCAAUUUGGACGAUCAUCCUUGGAGCCUUCACGAGGAGCCCCAAGCUUUUGCGCAACCGUAGUCAAUCCUUCCCGCCUCCUGGCCUCGACGGUCUGAACAGCAGCAGCCGUCUAGGCAUGGGAAGAUGGAUGGACGCAUGGAGACUUGAAGCAAUUGGUGCUUUGACCAACCCCUUGCUCCGGCCUGUCCUGACAACGAUGCAGUCCGCCUGGCUAGACUGGUCCACUAUACAGCAAGCUGGUGAACUUGAGGGUGUCGAGGAUACCCUUUGCCCACUGCUUGCUGCGACCGCCAUGUGGCUGUGCCGUCGCGCCUCGUUGUUUCUGGAUGGUGAGCUGGACCUUCAUAUGAAGCCAGCCAAUCAUCAGCCCGGGUAUGGCUGGCAGAUCAUCAACCUCUUUGACUUGCGCAUCGGUUGGAAGCAGGCUACCGCUCUUCAGAAGCUUGCUGGACUCAACAACAGGCCCAAGCGUGGCGAACACUCGAUGUCCUUUAGAGGGCGGCUCCUGACCUCCCCGGGCGAGCAGAAGGAAGACAUCUUCUUCCAUAGUCUUCUGGAGGAAAAGAUCCAGUUUGGCGGCUUCCAAAUUCAGCUUGCCACUGGCCACAUCCUCAAUUUUGGCUCCUUUGAAAGCGCAAGCGGCUGGGAGGCAGCACUUGCUCGGAUGAGGGAUCUCUUGGCUUGCCUCAUCAAGGAUGAAGAGGCCCAGGCACAAACCGCAUGGGCAGAAGGUUAUGGUCAGGGCGCAAUGUCGGCGCUUGCAACCCCGCUGGCUAACAGUCUUUGGGCUGGCAAUGUCUGGUUCAAGCCCAACACCUUUACCAGUGCCACCAUGGAGCUCAAGAUCACCUGGCCUGGCUGCCCAGCCAAGAACAAGCCCCAUAUUGAUUGUGGAUUCCUUGUGAGGACCCCUGCAAUGGUGGAGAAAGGCAAGGAGGGAGGAAGGGUCUUUCUGCGCCUGGUUGCAGGCACAGGCUCUACUCUCAGCUGGAAGCGGCUGGGGGCCAGUACUUGUCCAGAUGAGGGAAAUCUUGGCUUGUUUGAUCAAGGAUGA